ACCACUGUUGCUGCAUUAUGUAGUACGAUGCAACGACCUCGAAGUUAUAGUUUGGACUGAGGAACAGGCUAACAAGUGUGUGUGUUUACAUUAAAGACAACAAGAAAAGACAAACGGUUUACUGUCUGGUACACAUCGAACUCAGGCUGUACUUGCGUAAAUUUAAUUGCGUUAGGCGGCGUUGUUGGACGUUUUGUGCCAUUAAUUCCGAAGCCCUCUUUACAGUAUGAUGUGCAGUUAUGGCAAGGAGUAGUAAUAAGUCAGUUGCGAGGACCCUGGAGGAUUUAACGCUUGAUUCGGGUUAUGGUGGAGCUGCGGACUCCUUCAGGUCUUCCAGUGCUUCCUUGUGCUGUUCAGAGGCACAUAUACCACCGUAUGCGCAUGGGGGGAAUUUCUGGCAUUUAACCGAUUCCAUGCACAGUCGCCACAACAGCCUGGACACGGUCAACACCGUCCUGGUCGAAGACGCCGAGAACCUGGAGUGCUCCGGACAGUGCGCUAAACUACCCGAGUUAGAGGACGUGCCAUGGAGCCUCGGGGAAAUAGAGAGCGCAUUAAACAGGGACGAAGAGUUGAGGCUUGGGAUCGUGUCACAGGAGAUCCUGGCUAGACUCUCCGUCCUUAUCAGCCGUGCGCUGGUGAGGGUCGCCAAGGAAGCGCAGCGCCUGAGUUUGCGCUAUGCCAAAUGCACCAAAUAUGAGAUUCAAAGUGCCAUAAAGAUUGUAAUGUCUUGGACCAUCUCGGUGAACUGCAUCACCGCGGCACUCAGUGCCUUGUCCAUGUACAAUAUGAGCACUGAAGACAAGUUCAGCCGUGGAAAGUCGCUCCGGUGCGGACUAAUUUUCAACGUAGGGAAGUUCUUCAGGUGGCUGGUGGACAGCCGAGUUGCGGUGAGAAUCCACGAGCACGCAGCUAUCUACCUGACUGCGUGCAUAGAGAGUCUCUUCCGAGAGGUGUACGCACGGGCACUACGCAGCGCUCUGGUGCAGAAAAAUAACGGGAUCCCAAAGUUUACUGUCGAGUCCCUGGAACAAGCCAUUAACAACGACUCGGAGUUAUGGGGGUUUCUGCAGCAGUGUCAGCACCUCAUUUGCGGGAAGAAUGCAACUGGUGUGCUCAGUCUACCAGAGAGCCUGACUCUGCAUCGGGACCAACAGCGAUCAGGAAAGAGUGGGGAGGGCCACGCCUACAAUCAGUCAGAGCUGCGUUCGAUCGAGCAGUGCCUACUAGCCACUCGCGUGGGCAGCAUCUCUGAACUCAGUGACCUGGUGUCCCGGGCCAUACAUUACCUCCAGCCCCUGCAUGUGAAGAACCACACAAACGGGACUCCCAUCCACCAGAAGAACAGUCCGGUGCACUGGGAACCCGAGGCCCUGUACACCCUGUGCUACUUCAUGCACUGUCCCCAGAUGGAGUGGGAGAACCCCAACGUAGAACCCUCCAAGGUUACCCUGCAUACAGAGAGGCCGUUCCUGGUACUGCCCCCGUUGAUGGAGUGGAUCAGGGUGUCGGUGGCCCACGCAGAGCACCGACGCAGCUUCUCAGUGGACAGCGAUGACGUCCGGCAGGCCGCCAGGCUUCUCUUGCCAGGGGUCGACUGUGAACCUCGCCAGCUGAAGACAGACGACUGCUUCUGUGCAUCCAGGAAGCUGGACGCGGCUUCCACAGAGGCUAAGUUCUUACAGGACCUGGGCUUCCGUAUGCUGAACUGUGGUCGGACAGACUUGGUGAAACAGGCUGUCAAUCUGCUGGGGCCAGACGGCAUCAACAGUAUGAGUGAACAGGGGAUGACUCCUCUGAUGUACGCCUGUGUGAGAGGGGACGAGGCCAUGGUACAGAUGCUGUUGGACGCUGGAGCCGACAUCAACAGUGAGGUGCCAAACACAGUGCACAAGCAUCCCUCAGUGUACCCCGAAACGCGCCAGGGAACCCCUCUCACUUUCGCCGUGUCACACGGACAUGUCCCUGUCGUGCAGUUGCUCCUGGAUGCCCGGGCCAAUGUUGAGGGUUCACUACAGGAUGGCAUGGAGAACUACACUGAGACCCCACUGCAGCUGGCCUCCGCUGCAGGUAACUUUGAGCUGGUCAGUCUGCUGUUAGAGAGAGGGGCAGAUCCUAUGGUGGGCACCAUGUAUCGUAAUGGCAUCUCUACGGCCCCUCAAGGAGAUAUGAACUCAUACAGUUUGGCAGCUGCACAUGGACACAGGAAUGUGUUCCGUAAGCUGCUGUCACAGACCGAGAAGGGGAAGGGGGAUGUGCUAUCCCUGGAGGAGAUCCUGGCCGAGGGUACAGAGGAGGAGAGAGGCCUGGGGGAGAGGAGCCCUUCCCAGCUGGACCUGGUCCGGACAGGCAAGGCAAAGCUCAAGGCCCUGAGAGAAGCGAUGUACCACAGCUCUGAACACGGGCAUGUGGAUAUCACCAUUGACAUACGUAGCUUAGGAGUCCCCUGGACGCUGCACACCUGGCUGGAGUCCCUGAGGACGUGUUUUCUGCAGCACCGGAGACCCCUGAUCCAGGGUCUGCUCAAGGAGUUCAGCUGUAUUGAGGAGGAGGAGUACACCCAGGAGCUGAUCACUCACGGCCUGCCGCUCCUCUUUCAGAUUCUCAGAGCCAGCAAGAAUGAGGUGAUCAGUCAGCAGCUGUCAGUGAUCUUUACCCAGUGCUAUGGGCCGUACCCCAUUCCCAAACUAACUGAGAUCAAGAGGAAACAGACGUCACGCCUGGACCCUCACUUCCUGAACAACAAAGAGAUGUCGGACGUGACCUUCCUGGUGGAGGGGAAGCCCUUCUAUGCCCACAAAGUCCUGCUCUUUACCGCAUCCAACAGGUUUAAAUCUCUGCUAGCCAACAGACCAGCAGCUGAAAACACGUGCAUUGAAAUCAGCCAUGUUAAAUACAACAUAUUCAUGCUCGUGAUGCAGUACCUGUACUGUGGGGGAACAGAGCAUCUGCACAUCAGAAACACAGAGAUCAUGGAGCUGCUGUCAGCGGCCAAGUUCUUCCAGCUGGAGGCACUGCAGAGGCAUUGUGAGAUUAUCUGCUCAAAGAACAUUAACACAGAAACCUGUGUGGAAAUUUACAACCACACCAAGUUCCUUGAUGCCCCCGACUUGGCUUCCUACAUUGAGGGCUACUUCCUGAAGAACAUGGUGGUGUUGAUUGAGCUGGAGCCCUUCAAAGCACUGCUGUACGACAUGCCCCCAGACAGCCCCACCUCGGACAUCCUUUUGGACCUGGAGAAGACCCUGGCCAUCCGCAUUCAGUCCAUCCACCUGUCCUCAUCCAAGGGCUCCAUUGUCUGAUUGGCUGGUUGGUUGAUUGAUUGAUUGGUUGAUUCAUUGAGCUGCUACUGGGAAUGGAACGGUCAGUCGGUCACCAUUCCAUGAUACAACACAUACCAGUACUGAACCACACUCCCUCUUAAUUAGCCUGCUGUGCCGACACACUUCAUUGGGAUCUCACUCCGGCCUAACAAGCACACUCUAGGUCCAAACAAAGUGGACAGCGCUGGAACCCAGAAAUGGUAAAAAGGACAUUUCCAUAGAGGAAAAGCAUGAUUGAUCUUGUCGUUCUCAACCUGUCGUCUGGAUAGAAUCAGUUGUGGUGCUUUUCUCAGCAUUGUUCUGCAGUCCCACAUAACCUCCUAGUCUAUUUAUGAUUGGACCUAGCCAAACUAAACAUAAGAGACACUGGAGUCAGAUACUCUUUCGAAUCAAAUCCUUUUAUCGUUUGCUGUAGUCUGCCUGCAGUGUCAAAUGAGUAGGGUUUCUACUUUUGUAAUAAUUUCAUUGGUUCCACUGCAACAGGCAAGCUCAUUCAUCACCUUGGUUAAACAUGUAAACUAAACCCUUGUCUGCUACGAGUUCUAGAUACGAGUGUGGAUAUGAGGUCUUGUGUUUUAAGGCAAAGAAGAGAGAAACUCUAUUGAAAGACGGAAAACACAAGAACAAAGUUCCUUACUUGAUCCACUGUCAGAACUGUGUAAAUAAUGUGAAUAAAACACAGAGCCUGUAAGUUAAUGUAUAUACCCUACACAUGUUUCUUCUCCUGCAUCUCACCAUUGGAUAAUGCUGUAAAAACAAAAAAGCUGUUCUUUUCAGUGUUACCGUUCUAUAUGUCUCAAGUUGCAUGUCACAAGAAUGACUGUUUCUGUUGGAGUGUGGUUUAAGAGAGGCUUUCGGAGGGGGUCAGGUGUAGCAGAGUGAUUCUGUCAGCAGGUCUCUCAUGUCUACAGGUGUACUGGUGUCUUCACUUCAGGUUAGAACAGCUAAGGCCCUGGACUGAUUCAAGUGUCUCCAAGCAGGAGGUGUGAUGUAAGAUCCACUCUUUCUGUCUCUGUGAUCCUGCUCUCUAUGAUUUAAAACGUCUACUCUGAGACACUUCAUGGAUAUGAGCGUGGCUCAAAGGAUGGCAACGGGGCUAUUCCAAACCAGAGGUCAUCAAAUGUAUUUUCCAAACAUUGUCAAACUACAUGUAAAUGUGUCCGUUUCCUCUAUAAAGAUUAAUAUAAAGAA